AUGACAUUCCAAAUGCUUGUCUCGCUGCUUGGUUUUGCCGCAGUUGGACACACUGCCUCCUUGUCCGCAGCAUCCAAAGAUGCAUCCUCAAACUGCCGGGGCGACAAGACAGCUCCAGAGCAAUUGCAUUUCAAUUAUGCCGGAGACCGCGGUAUGGUGAUCAGUUGGAACACUGAGGCGAAGCUGGACUUUCCCACAGUUCGCUACGGGCGCGGUCACUCGCUCAAUCAAAUCGCUUUCUCCGAGGUCUCGGUCACUUAUCCCACCUCAACUACAUACAGCAACCAUGUCUUGAUUGAGGGCCUUGAGCCAGACACUGAGUACAACUUCAUUCUGCAAUGUGCUGAUGAGCAGCACACUUUCAAAACCAGCCUUCCGGCUGGUAAUGACCGCCCAUACUCCUUUGCCUUUAUUGCAGACUUGGGCACCAUGGGCCCCUUGGGACUCAAUUCCUCCGAUCAGGAAGAUGCACUGAGCCCUGGUGAGAUUACUACCAUGCAGUCGUUGAGUCAAUUCAAGGACGAAAUGGAAUUCGUGUGGCACGAUGGUGAUCUUGCUUAUGCCGAUGCUUGGCUCAAGGAGGAACUCAAUGGUUUCUUGCCCAAUACCACCAUUGAGGGAGGAGCUGCAGUUUACGAAGCAAUCUUGAAUGCUUUCUAUAACGAAAUGGCAGGAAAUGUGACCAUGGAUCUCCCAUACUUUGUCGGUCCAGGUAACCACGAGGCGAACUGCGAUAAUGGAGGAAGUGGAGACUACACCUAUAGCAUUUGUGUGGAGGGCCAAACAAAUUUCACUGGCUACCGAAACCACUUCCGUAUGCCCUCUGAGCAGUCAGGUGGUCUUGAGAACUUCUGGUACUCAUGGGACUACGGUAUGGUACACUUUAUCCAAUUCAACACCGAAACAGAUUUCACAGAUGCUCCCGAUCUUCCUGGUGGAAGCGGAGAAGAGAAUGCAGGUCCCUUCGCACCCAACGGUACACAGGUCGCAUGGUUGAAGAAAGACCUUGCUUCAGUCGACCGCAAGAAGACUCCUUGGAUCAUCGCUGCUGGCCAUCGCCCUUGGUAUGUCGAUGAAUCCAAGUGUACCGCAUGCAAGUCGGCCUUUGAGCCACUCUUCAUCGAGUAUGGGGUUGAUAUUGCUCUUUUCGGUCAUAAGCAUUUCUAUGAGCGUUUGGAACCAAUUGCCAAUGAUGUCAUUGAUUCAAAUGGCCUUAACAACCCGAAUGCUACUUGGUAUCUGGUUAACGGUGCUGCUGGUCACUAUGAGGGUCUGGAUUCCGUUGAAACUCCUCUCGAAGACUACACGACUGUUGCCAUCGACACUGUCUAUGGAUGGAGUCGGUUCACCGUUCACAACUGUACCCACAUCACCCAGGACUUUAUUUCCAGCUCCAAUGGCACAGUCCUGGACUCUGCUACACUGUACAAGGAUCACGAUGGAUGCAAGUUCUGA